UGUAAAAUCAUAAUCAUCAAAUUAUAACUAAAUUCAAGCCACGAGUUUCAUGGACUAAUUUCAUAAUGUAACCGAUGAUAUUCUCGUCUAAAUUUUGUACAGUAAACGUUAAAAUUAAAAUUCCCACGCGAAGUCUGAGAUUAAUGUAGAAAGUCCAUUGUUUAAAAAAAAAUUAUAUAUAGAAAGUCUAAGAGCUUAGAAUCAAAAUAAAAUAUUUAGAAAUAUCAAAAGAAAACAAAUCUAGAAGUGAAAAGUUUUAGCCAAUAAAGUAUUUAUUAGCAAAGUAUAAAAAUAAUAAGAAAAAUCUGAAGAUAUUUUAAAAGGUGGAGAAAUGGGACCAGUCUCGAAAGCUUCAAUUCCAAGUUCCAACCGCCUUCCCCUCAGCAAUGGCGGCGAGAUAAAGAUUACGAACCAUCAAAUUCGCCAUGGUAAUCGCCGAUUGCUCAUCCUCUCCAAAAACCUUCUCCACAAACCCCUCUUGGCCCUCGAGCUUCGAAUUUAUGGUGCAGACCGACGGGCUCGGAGGCGGAGCGCAUUGGAAAACAAGGAAGAAGAAGAAGCCGGAGAAUGUCUCAGAUGAACGGAGACUAGAAAAUGGAAGCGAAAAUGUCCUUCUCCAAGAUCCUCUGCAGGUGUUAGGUCCUGAUCUGUUGAUGGCGAUACUGGGCUACGUUGACGCACGCAGCGUGGCACUCUCUCUCCUCGUCUCUCGCUCCUGGUAUGCCGUCGCUUCCAGUGAUCGUUUAUGGAGUUCGAAGUGCGUGGAACUGUGGCUUGGGAAAGCACAUAUUCCUAGAUUGGCGUACAUCCAAGGUCUACCGUACCUGGCUGCCUAUUCAUUAUCCGUCAUGGAUGGCAAACGUACUCGCAUUAUGAGGGAGGACUUGUGUGAUCAUGCUUGGCAAUUUCACUUCAAUAAGGAAGCUCCUGUAUACUGGCGAGAUCUUGAUCCGUACUGGCAAGGCAGCCGCCCUCUCAUGCGCCGUUAUUUCCAUCCCGACGGGAGCCAAACUGCAGAUCCUGAUGACAGAGUAUGGGGUGGCCAUGAAUGCUGCUUUUCCGUUGUUACCAGUUUUGCUGGUGAUGAUGGUAAGAUCAGAGAACACUACGUGAGGAUAAACAGAUGGCCAAGAAUGUUAGUGUCAAGGAACGAAGAUUGGAGCUGGAAGCUGUCGAAUCAGCUCGCCUCAUACUCGAGCAUCGCCGAUGCUGACAAGGAUGGCGGGACAGGGCCACUUUAAUAUUGAGAGAACGCGAUCCAAUCAAAUUAGUUAGUUUCUUCUGUUGAGUGGAAUUAGCCAAACUGGUGUUUAUGGAGAUGCUUGUUUGGUCUUUCCAGUGUAUAGAUAUAGAAUCUUUUGGAAGUUAUAGGAGUUGUAUUUUUUUGUUUUAACUAAGUGGGAAUUGUUGAAGAAUUCCGAACACCAAAUCGACGGUGCCCAUGUUGUCUCCGGUCAAAAAUUUGUUGGCAUGGAGGCGCUGCUCUGCCAUGCCUUUUCUCUCGCUCUUCGCACUUCCCCUUGCCGAUAACUUGGUCACCGGUGGUGGUGGGUGCUUCUGUAACGCACAAAAAACAUCAUUUGUAUACUAUCAGCAUCUACUACUGUACUAAUAUCAAAGGGUCGAGUACACGUAAAUGUCUAAUAUCUACAAAAUUUACACUUUUGGUCAA